GAAAAGAAAGAAGACUCAGGAAAAGACAGAAGACUCAAGUCAACUGGCCAAGAUCUGAAAAGUAAGAGAGCUGGAAUAAGGUGAGCAAAUAUUUCCUAGAGCAGUAUUAUAUCCAAUCAUUGCUCCCACUUUCAGGAGCACCAUUGAUUAUUCUCUGUACUCGUCAGUCCAAAUCUGUUAUCAUAGCCAUUGUUUAAUGGCUAGCCAUAUAGGUGUCUUCUUGUUUGUAUUUUUGCUGUAUUUGAGUUACUUCAAAUGCGAUUCUAGGGACGUGUUAACCCCAGACAAUUUAUUAUCAUUAUCCAAUGGGGAAACUCUUGUAUCAGCUGGUGGGAUAUUCGAACUGGGAUUCUUUAGCCCUGCAUCUACUAACAAUUAUUAUGUAGGCAUAUGGUACGAGGUGAGUCCCGAAACGGUUGUCUGGGUUGCCAACAGGGACAAGCCAAUUCCAUUUUCAUCAACUGAACUUUUCGUUAUCGCUAUUGAUGAUGGUAAUCUCAAUGUGUUGGACUCGACAAGGAACUCAUAUUUCUCAACACAAGUAGGCACAAGUGCAUCUUCUUCACAUAAAGCGAAGCUCUUGGAUUCAGGAAACUUGGUUUUAAUUGAUGAUUCGUCAGAGAAGCCACUAUGGCAAAGUUUUGAUAAACCCACUGAUACCUUCCUUCCUGGUAUGAGGAUGGACGAUGAGUUCAAGUUGACUGCUUGGAAUAUUACCCAAAAGGACCCAAGCACUGGAAAUUACACGUUCGGGCUAAACCAAGCAGGCAAGUCUGAGUACACCAUACUCCAAAAGACGGUCAUCCACUGGAAAAGCUCUGCUCGUGCUGGUUAUUCUAAUCCCCUUAGUUUCAACGAAUUGCCCUCUAGUGUAGCAUAUAUGUUAUCCAACUUCAGUAAGGAGUUUUCCCCUGUGUCUUACUUCAAUUAUACAAGGCUAUUGAUGAAUUCCUCAGGGGAAAUACAGUUAUAUAGAUGGGAUGACAAAAGUAGAGGAUGGUUUAUGUCGUGGUCAGAACCGCAAGGUCCGUGCGGUGUGUAUGAUACUUGUGGGAAAUUUGGCAUUUGCGACAGGGAGAACAUAUUAUCAAUGUGCAAGUGUUUGCCAGGAUUCAGUCCUACUUCGCCAGACGACUGGAUGGCUGGGAAUUUUAUUGAUGGUUGUUCAAGAAAAUCAGUUACUACUUGCAACAAGAAAUCAAAAUCUGACACGUUCUUGAUUAUGUCUUCGAUGAAAUUUGAGGAGCCGGACCUGUAUUCUGAGGCGAAAAAUGAAGAUGAUUGCAGAAAUGAGUGUGUAGGAAACUGUCAGUGUGUAGCUUAUUCGUAUGAAGAUCAUGAAGCACCGAGAGGAUCUUCUAACGUAUCAGCUAGAUGCUCAAUUUGGACGAAUGAACUCCAUAAUCUUCAGGUCAACUAUAGGGGUGGCUUCAACCUCUCUGUCCGCGUAGCAAUGUCUGAUAUUGAAGUAACAAGGAGAAACUGCAGGCCUUGCGGCCCAAACGUUAUACCCUAUCCAUUAAGCAGUGAACCACAUUGUGGGGAUUCCUCGUAUUAUAGUUUUGCUUGUAAUGAUUCAACCGGAGAAGUAAGUUUCCAGACAUUGAAUGGGUCCUAUCCAGUUAUUGACAUUGAUAUUGACAACCGAACAUUUGUUAUACAAGUGCAUGAGGAAAAUUCAUGUGAUAAUACAAAAAAGCCAGGGACCCAAGUUGCAUGGCUCAAUCAGUCGUUGCCCUUUCAUCCCAUAAACCGGUGUUACAAUACUGAAAAAUUACAAAAUCGCACAUCUGGUCAAGCUAGAUAUGGAAUACGGAUGAUCAUGUGGGAACCCCCGUUAGAACCUACAUGCAUUGCUUCUGCGGACUGUGAGGAUUGGCCAAAUUCAAGUUGCAACAUGACCGGACAAGGAAAGAGAAGGUGUCUCUGCAAUCAAUACUACAAAUGGGAUGGUUCGGUAUUAAACUGUACCACAGCUUCAGGAGCAUGGAGUGAGAAAAAAGCAGCAUCUCUGAAUCUCAAAGCCCUCAUUAUUUCCAUCAGUCUAACUGCUGGAAUUGUAACCAUGUGUUCCAUUGGCUAUUUUAUCUACCAUAGAAAAAAGUUGGCAACAAGGAAAGCUAAGGAAAUAAUUCUAGGGAAUUGGGUGGAAUACUUGCCCGAGAGUGGAAGUUCAUCUAAAUAUGAGAUAACCGAAGAUGAUAAGAAACGGAUAGAUGUCCCAUUUUUCAGCUUGAAAAGCAUACUAAUCGCUACAGACAAAUUCUCAGAUGCAAACAGGCUUGGUCAAGGAGGAUUUGGCCCUGUUUAUAAGGGUAUUUUCCCUCAAGGACAAGAAAUGGCAGUGAAAAGGUUAUCAAGUCAUUCUAGUCAAGGUGCUGAAGAAUUUAAAAAUGAAGUAAUGUUAAUUGCCAAGCUUCAACACAGAAAUUUAGUGAGGCUUUUGGGCUACUGCAUCGAGGCAAACGAAAAGAUUUUAUUGUAUGAAUAUAUGCCUAACAAAAGCUUAGACACCUUCAUAUUUGAUCAUACUCUUCGCCAGUUAUUGGAUUGGAAGACCCGAUUCGAUAUUAUCUUGGGUAUUGCUCGGGGGAUUCUUUAUCUACACCAUGACUCAAGGUUACGUAUCAUUCACAGAGAUCUAAAGACAAGCAAUAUCCUAUUAGAUGAAGAGAUGAACGCCAAAAUAUCAGAUUUUGGUUUGGCGAGGAUAGUUGAAGGCAAAAGUAUAGAGGCUAACACGGAAAAAGUGGCGGGAACUUAUGGCUAUCUGUCACCAGAAUAUGCAUUGGAAGGACUGUUUUCAAUCAAGUCUGAUGUUUUUGCCUUUGGGGUGGUUGUGCUUGAAAUCAUUAGUGGGAAGAGAAACCUGGAACUUUUUGAAGCCACAAACCUCUUGGGUCAUGCUUGGAAACUUUGGAUGGAAAACAAGGCAUUGGACCUGAUGGAUCCAAUACUAGAGGAUACAUGCAUUGAAAAGGAAGCAUUGAAGUGCAUUAAUGUUGCACUUUUAUGUGUGCAAGAAGAUUCAGGUGGUCGCCCCACCAUGUCAAAUGUGAUCAUUAUGCUUGGGAGUGAAACCAUUACUCUUCCAAGACCUAAUCAACCAGCUUUUGUCACACGAAGAAACACCGCUAGCAUGUCUUCCUCCUCUUCUCGUAACCCUGCACACAGUAGCUCCAUCAAUGAGUUGACCAUCACUGUUGGACAAGGCCGAUGAUGUAUAAUUAAUUAGUUCAUCAAUUGUUUUUCUUGUAAAUGCAAGAUCAGUCGUUCAAAGAUUUGAACGCUAUUUAACCUGUGAGUGUGAAUCUUGAUUCUGCAACAUUAUAUUAUGCGCAGAAUUACAAUUGUAGUUGCUGUAAUAAUGGUGAAACACGAACUGCUUAAUUAUAAUACAUUCUUCA